AUGUUGCCUGCUGGAGAAAGAGCUUUUUGGCUUUUAGCAGAGAGCUUAGCCAAAGUGGUUGUGGCAGAGCUGGAGGUGGUGUGGAAGUGGCUCGGAAGACAGUGGCCGACAUGGUGGUCUGGAACAGAGCUGGCACCGACGGGAAAUGGCUGCGCGACGGAGGCAGGAGGCAAGAUCGGCGAUGGUGGCUUCAAUUUUCAAAGCUCAAACGGCGGUAGCUGGACGGACGUUGCGUCGUUGCCUUCAAAGCUCGAAGUUGGGACGGCGGCGGUGGCUGGAUGGACUUGCACCGGCGGCUUCGAUGAGAAAAAAUAUAUUUUUUAUAUUAAAAAUGUGUACGAUAUAUGUUAUCACUUGGUUAAUUCAAUAAUGGGAGGGCACAUUGUGGAGCCAUUACUUCUUGGAACCCUAAUUUUUAUCAUAGUUGCAGGAGUGACAUAUAUGCGGUUUUUAUCUCAAGUGAAAGCAAGAUAUGAUUAUGGAUUCUUAGUGUUUAUCUUAACAUUCUGCAUGGUAUCUGUACCUAGCUAUCGAGACGAAGAUUUAUUAGAUACAGUGAAAAAACGAGUAAUCACAAUUUUCGCAGGUGUUUUAAUUUCUGUAUUGGUGUGCAUUUUUGUAUACCCCAUUUGGGCAGGUGAUGAUCUUCACAAGCUAGUGUCAAAGAAUCUUCACAAAUUAGGAGACUCUAUUGAAGGAUUUGGAGAUGAAUAUUUUGGGACAUCAGAUGGUGAAGAAUCUAAUAAUAAGGCAAAGCUUCAAGCAUAUAAAAGUGUUCUUAAUUCAAAGCAAAUUGAAGAAAGCUUGGUGAAUUUUGCAAGGUGGGAACCGUGCCAUGGUCCUUUCAGAUAUGGUCAUCCUUGGAAACAAUAUUUGAAAAUUGGAAGCUUAUUAAGGCAAUGUGCCCACCUCAUUGAUUCUCUUGUUGACUUCCUUGAUUAUACCAAGAGUCCAUCAGAAACAAAAAAGAAAGUGGAAGAGGCAUGCAUCCAAAUAAGCAAAGAAACAGGAAAAGGUCUAAAGGAAUUAUCAGUGUCAAUCCAAAAAAAGAUUUCACUAUCAUAUGCUGCAAACCCUAGCAUUGAGAAAUCUAAGAUUGUUGCAAUGAACCUCAAGUCCAUUCUCAAAUCAGGGUUAUGGGAAGGAACCAAUCUGUUUGAGGAUAUUCCUCUUAUGAUUGUGACUUAUUUGCUGUUUGAUGUGGUUUCUUGCACUGAGAAACUGGCUGAGUCAAUACAUGAAUUAUCCAUCCAAGGAAAAUUCAAGAAAAAAGAUAAUAAAGUUGCACCAAAUUGUCCUCCUCAUCUUGAUGAACCGUGCCAUGGGGACCAAGAGAAGAACAUUGGAGUUCAUCAUGUUAUUACAAUCAACUAG